AUAUAAGUUGCAGUACGAGUUAAAAAAACACGGCGAUGCAAAAGGCGAUUUAGUGAUCUAGGGUUUCGAUGAUUCAAAGGGAUUGGGAUCCGGGGAUUGGAGAGGCAUUAUCGGAUCAUUGGGAUUCAGAGAGUCGAUUUGGAGAUGGGAUUCUCCAAGAUCGGAAUGUUGCAGAUGGAAGAUUGGAUUUUCCUUCUGAUUCUGGAACGGCUAAUUGGAUCGAGGGUGCUACAACGAUGGAGAUUUGGAUCUGGCGAAAACAAGGAAGUAUGAAGAUUGGGUCUUUGAUUUUUAUUUCGAUCAUCUUUAAGACGAAAUUGAAUCAAGGAAGAGAGUCAACUUUUGGGAAAUGGGGGGGAGGUGAAGAACGGAGAAGGAGUUCGCAAACGUCUGAAGAUAUCAGUGGCCCACUUUGAUAAUUCAGCUCUCAUCAAGAACUUUUCCAAGACCCUUCUCGGAAGAUGUAUGAAUCCGGAGAUGCAGGAGAUGCCGGCUCUAAUUUCGAAUCUCCCGAAGAUAUGGAAACUGGAAGAGAGGGUUGUUGGUACGGAUUUGGGGUUUGGGAAGUUCCAGUUUGAUUUCGAAACGGUGGAAGACAUGGAAGGGGUUCUCAAGAAUCAACCUUUUCAUUUUGAUUACUGGAUGUUGGCUUUGGCACGGUGGCAACCUAAAAAGUCCCUGCUCUAUCCGUCGGAAAUAACUUUUUGGGUUCGAAUCAUAGGAGUACCGGUGGAGUUCAAAACGGAAGCCACUUUUGAAAGCAUUGGAGACGCCAUAGGAAGAACGCUGACGGUAGAUUUGGAUCAUUCUCGAGUGCAAGUGGUGGUUGAUGCGUUUAAAGAAUUGUGCUUUGAAACCACGAUAGAUUUCACUGGUGGGGAGUUCUAUGAUGGAGAGGAAGCUCCGGUAUCACUGCGGUAUGAGAAGCUGUUUGGAUAUUGCCAAGUGUGCGGUAGUCUUUGCCACAAGGACGACGUCUGUCCCCUAGAUGUGAAGAACACUAAGAAGAGUCCAGAAAAGAAACGUGAGGGAAGAGAAGGUAAUGGGGUUUGGCAUGAUGGAGGGAAGUACGAUGAUCGUGCAAGGAGUUAUAAAGGUGUAGUCAUUAAUGGAAAUGCGAAUCAACAGCAAAAAGAAAGAGAGGGCCGUGAGUAUUAUGGCAAAGGUAAAGGCAAAAUGGGGGAAGAAAUCGAUUCAAAAUGGAUGAAGGUGCCAGAGAGAGGAAAUAAGAGAGCCAACACCAACCGUGGAACAUAUAGAGGAGAUGGGGAGGCUUCUCGAUACAGACCUGCAAGGCGAGAGGACUCAAGGUCUGGUGUUCAGAGUGGGCAUCUUCGACACUCUUCAGAACAGACUAAGCAACCGUUUCAACAAGAGGUUCGUGAGGAAGUUCGAGAGGAGGGUGAGAUUAGGUCCGUUGCGGAGGCUCGCAUAAUGCCACCCUCUCAAGCGUUUCAAGUGGAACUGGCCAAAACUCAGACUGAGGGAACAACAGUCAUCUCGGAUCCUACUGACGUGGACCGUGGAUUGGCAGAGGUACAUGGUAUGCAGGAGGAUCAAGUUGACUUAGAAGAUGAGGAUGUGAUGGACAUGGAUGAGAUUAAGGCUCAUCUACUUGAGAAUGGGAUUGAUAUGGAUGCAGAGGAUUUUUUAGAGGAGAUAGCAGAGGAAGAAACUGAGGAAGUGAUCAAGGAACAGGCAGAAGAUAACAAUGCUCAUGUGACAGAUGGGGGGACUGUGGAAGAGGAGCAAGGCACGUUUGCUGGAAAUGCGGAGAAGAAACCAGGACUACGUAAGAGGCUGUUUAAGGCAUCAACCGGUACUGCGGGUAGUAGUAAAUUGAGAGCGUUUAAUGCACUUGCGUCCCCACGUAAGCGAGCUGCAGCGAAGCCAGGAGUGCGUACGGGAGAUACCAUCAAGCAAGCGGAGAGUAAGGGUGCUUCAAACCUGAAACUUGGGACUCAGAAGAUUUGAUUUAUGGUUAGUAGAUGUUCUAAAGGUUUCUUAAGCAGGCCGGGCUUGUCUUAUGAUU